GAAGAAGAAGAAGAAGAAGAAGAAGAAUGCAAAAGCCAGAGAAAGGCCGUAACGUUAGUUAAACAAAGGACUUUAAAGCUAUGCUAUAUUAAAUGGAUAAUGUGCUUCUUCAGGAGCACCACUAACGUUAUGGUUAUAACGUUACUGGUGUCGACGUUGACCCUGAGCACAGUUGUACAAGCUCUGCAGGUGAUUGGAGGAAGCGCGACCGUGGUGCAAGGUGGGACUGCAAUCUUACCGUGUACUCUCAUUGACACCACGGAGCUUCUCACGCAGAUUUCAUGGCAGAGGAAGACCAGAGGAAAACCUCAGAAUGACAAUUUCUUCACAAUCGUGUAUUCAAAUGGACCACAGUUUGUCAAUGGACAGGAUGAUCGAUUUAAAUUUAUUGGGGACGUUAAAAACAACAACGGAUCUCUCCAGUUAUCGAGGGUCACAUUGAUCGAUGAAGGAACCUACACGUGCAUCUUCACUUUGUUCCCCAGCGGAAAUCACAAGACGGAAAUACCUCUGACCUUGCUUGUGCCUCCAGUCAUAAACCUGACUGAUGAUCUCCCUACUUUGGGUAAUGAACGAGUUUCCCUCGUUACCUGUACGGCUGCUGCUUCCAAGCCUCCUGCAGAGGUGAAGUGGGUCACUGGCACUCUGGUAGAAAAAGUGAGGGUCAUAACCAACUCCAUCAAGCAUGCCAACGAUACAACGACCACAGUCAGCUCACUGUUUGGAGUACCUACCAGAGAACUCAAUCAACAAAUUGUCCAGUGUGUCGUCAGCAGCUCAGCCCUGUCCAAAGAGGAAAUCCUGCCCUUCACAAUACAGGUCUACUUUCCACCCAUCGAAGUGAAUAUUAUUGAAAGAUCCAAAGGCUUGUUUGAAUGUGUGACUGAAGCCAACCCAAAUGCAAACAUUACCUGGAGCAGAUCUGACCAGUCACUGCUUCCAUCGGCUGUCAGAGUUGUGGGUGCAACUCUACAGUUUCUGAGCGUGAGCUCUGAGGUGAAUGGCCUCUACCAGUGUGAAGCAUCUAACCCUUAUGGAAGAAGACAUGGUUACCUCUAUGUAUCUGAUGUGCCUUCAGCAGCCUGCCCUACUUGUUGGACCUUAUUUGUUCUUAUACUUAUCCUGAUUGUAGCUGCUGCUGCAGUGUUGUAUUUCUAUAAAUUCAGGAGAGAGAGGGGGCAACGUGUCCCAACAACAGAGUCACCUGUCACUUCAGCGAGAGAAGGAGCAGGAGGAGUGGAAGCCGCAGCACUAGCAGAAAUGAGAACACAUGCAGAGGAAGAGGAACCUGUGGAAGCAACAAGAUCGUAGUUGGACUGCAGGCAGUUUACAGACUCGGCCCCUAACAUGACUGGUUAGUGAACAGAUGCAGCAGUGCAGUAAUAUACCAAAUAUCCAACAGACCAGGAAUGAAGAGUGCAAACUAUAUGAGGAGCUUUCAAGCACCAACGGAAGCAGAAAAGAAUUUGUAUUCAAAGGGAAAGUCUGUUUAACUGACUGCCACAGCUAACUGUUAUUGUGUGGUUUUAACUGCCUACUGGGCUUUAUCAGCAUAGGCUCUAACUGUCAUGAUAAUAUAGUUCUGCACAUGUAUUCACAACAACAGCAUUAACUGCUAACAAUAGCAGAUGAUUAUGUAGCAUUUUACAUGGACACAAAAGAACAGGUUCGUCUGAGAAAACAGGUCAGUCAACACGUUUUGUGCUGUAGUAAUGUAGUUCCAAUCAGCAUAUACAAGCAACAGGUUAGUAAUUAAGUUUCUUCCCUUCCCCAUGUUUCUUAACCUCAUAAGUGUAUAAGUGAUGCAAAAUGCUGCCUUAUGUUUUGUGUGUUAUCAGAGAAUUUGGACUUCCUUACAAUGUGUCAGAAUUUUUCAAAUUGUUUCCCUUUUAUUUAGACUUUAAACUUAUCAUGACCUUAUCAGAUUACUGCAGAAAACUGACUGUAACUUGAUUACCUAAGUGCAUGUCAACAAACUGGUGGCCAAGAAAUGAUUCAUGAGAGUUUGACUGGAAAACUUGAGAGUAUGGAAUGAAAACUUGAGAAGCUUGUGGUGGCGGAGGCUCAUCACAGUGCACCUAAAAAAGAACACAUGCCAAUAGACAAAACGUAUAAAUUAAGAAACAUAUUCGGCAAUACAAUGUCACGUUUCUGCAAAUACAGAAAACAAAAUCAAAAUAGCUAAAACAGAAAGAAAGUACCAUGCAAAAUUUCACAACGAUGAUAAUGAUGUCACAGUUGAGAGGCUACAACAGAUGCCCCCAAAUUAAAUGUCAACAGCACUUUUCUUAUGUCUUUAUUUAUUCAAGUUUAUUUCACUGUGCUGAAUACUGUGCACAAUCUCUUUGCUCAAUUCUCCUGCUGCUAUCUUCGGCAUCCUAUCAUAUUAAGCCAGAAAUGCCUAAAACUUAAUGUCGGAAGUCAAAAAAGAAAUUCUUUCCACAGCAGUGAAUGUGCUUAAUCACUUGUCACAUAUGGUUUCUUGUUUUAGUUGUUAUGUCUUGAAAUAACAGUAUCAGUAAAGUGCAAAGGCUUUUAUUUCUCCAACAUCAGUGUUUUGAGCUCUUCAGUAAUGGGUAAACUGCUGAAGACAGACUGAACUCUAAAAUGAGCUAAAAUAGGAUUUGAUGAAGUUUGUGAAAUUAAGGUCAAAAAUGAAGUUCUAUGUUACAAAAACUUCAGAAAAAGUUUACUCUAAUGUAAAAAGUUGCUUAUGGUUACUUUGGCUCAUUCUUAGAUUAGAUACAGAACCCCGUCCACACUACUCCGAUUUUGUUUAAAAACAGAGUUUUAAUGCGAAUAUGAUCUCUGUCCACACCAGUGUUUUAGCUGCGUAUCAGAGUUGAUCUCUGUCUAUACUAUACCAACUGAAAACACACAUCUAGUGGCUGUUCACGUACACUGGGCAUGCGCACCGGUGUAAACGUGAAACAGAUGAUGUAUUCUGUAGUUACAGAAGAUUUGGCGAAAGAAUAAAGGAUUGCAGACAAAGAACCAAACCAGAUUUUUUUUUUUUUUUUUUUUUUUGCAUGGACCAAUAACGAGCUGGGACUGUUGCUGAAAGUAACGCAGGAGUUUAAAGAGGCUGUGGCAGCGGAAAACAGACUGGAAGUUGUAAAUACGGCGACAUGCACAGUACAAGUGUAUGUUAUUUACGCUGUACAAAAUAUUUUAAUAAAAAUAUGGAAUCAACGCUGCUUCUGAUUGGCUAGUAGUCCUUACCUAGCUACUAUGUAAAUAUGGUGUUUUUUGAAAAUGAAACCACGUAAACUUAUUCUGGAACAGCCCCUAAAUAUAUUUAUGAACCUGAAAAAGAGCAUAAUUUGACCUCUUUAAUGUUAGUAAGAUACAUCAUCUGGGGAAUGUAAAUGAAUACACCAAAAUAUAUGUUGAUCCUUGCAGCAGAUGUAAUUAUAUUUCACUGCACUGUUGAAACUCGAGACUUGCUGGCUGCAAAAAAUGAAAAGUUAUUAGGACUCAUCCUGUGGGGACCUUGAAUGAUUUUUAUUGCAAUCCAUCUAAGUUUUCAGUCUCGUGACAUGUGCGGUGAUCUGGAGGGCAAAACAACAGACCAACAUAGCGGCUCACACCGCAACUCCUCCGUAGAGACGUGGCAAAAGCAGUCAAAUUUUAAAAAUCAAAUCGCAAAAAGUAAUAAACUCAACGUAACAGUGUAUCACUUGCUUCCUGACUGGCAGACAGCGGAAAAUAACGUCUUUUUACCCUCCAAGGGAGUGUUUUUCUUGGAAUGUGACAUCACGUGAGAACUAUGAAUAGUUGUUGAGACAUUCCACACAAAACUAGAAAUGUGGGAGCUCGAGGAAAAUCCAAGGAUCACUGGCGUUCAUCCCCUGGGGAACAGGAAUGUGUGUACAAAAUUUCAUGGCAAUCCAACCACCAAGUGGUGGACAAAUUAAUCCAAUUUUCCAAGAUCUGUUUUUAGAUUUAAUCUUAGUCCUGAGUUUAAAAGUCCAGUUUUAGUCCGAUUUAGUCAAAUUAAUCUUUCAUAGCCUUAAUUACAUUUGUAUAUAGAUGUGUGUUUGCAACUGUAAACCACAAAUCUUUGUAUAGUGCUCUCCCUUCCACUUCAGGUUAUUGGUAACAAGUAAAUUACUGAUACUCCUGAAAUAAUCGUAUUUAAAGACAGUUAAGUCAAACUUAAAAGCAACAAACUCAGUCUCUCAGGUUCGCUUCAUCAUACUCCUAUGUUUCAGUUGUAACUGUUAUACUCACAACUGUACCCAUAAAACUAAAGCAGGUAGUAGAUAUGAAAUCCCUUUUCCCAAUUUUCCUAAUAAAAUGUAUCAAAACACA